AUGCAGUUGGUAGAGGGAAUACUUGAAUUGCAACAAAGAAAUUUACUUGUAAAGAUUUCAGAGCAAAGUUCAAGCACUUCAAAAAUACAAAGGGAAAUACUCUCGCAAGAUCCUAAACCAGGCAUUAGUGUGAGGGAAAACAGGAUGAUACAAUUAGUGGUAGACAAAGGAAAGCAGGUACAAGCAAUACCACGUCUCUUAGGAAAAACACUUACAGAUAUUAGAGAAAAUACAGUUGUAUCUUCUGAUGGUUUGGAUACAUAUUUUAGCAUAGGAUAUAUAAGCAAGAUGUUUGAUGAAAGCCCGGUCGGGACAGUGCUAGGUCAAUACCCACCUCAAGGGACAAAACUGGGCAAUGAAUUUGUUACCAUGAGAGUGGUAGUGAGUAGAGGGAGUGGUACCUUUGAAGAGAGCAUGCCAGAUAUGUUAGGUCUCCCCUUUGAAGACUUUUUUCCUAUUAUCGAAGCACAUUCCCCAUCAUUUAUUUUCUAUUUUGUGGAAGAUACGCAAUUCAUACUAGAAACUGAAACAGAGGGAGAUACACUCAUUGCAGGUUUGAUUUUAGAACAAGUUCCUGUUCCAGACGAAAGCAUUAUAAGUAGCAAUACAAUGUAUAUUGGAAUACGAGAGAACAUGGUGCUAAAUCAGGAACUAUCUGAAGAGGAGGCGGAGGCACUCGAUACGACAGAAUAUCGCAGAGUAGGAAUAAUGGAGCUUCCUCUUACCGAGUACGAAUAUGACCAUGAAAUUACCAUAUAUAUAACACCAGCAAGCACCAGCGGAGUAAGAGCAAUAAAGAGGCAGUAUUUGAAAUUUCUUUCCCGCGGAGGAAACAUAGCUAUUCCAUAUUAUAUACAACCAGGCGAUAAGUAUACAGUUGAGCGGUUUGGAAUCGAGGUGUGGUCUCGUACAAUACCAAAUAAUACGUAA